AUGUUCCGAUUCUUAGAUUUGAUAUGGAUGUGGCUCCGUGACAUCUACGGUCGAAUCCUUGGUAAACGUCUACCAUUCGACAACCGCAGUGCGAUCCUCGUCCCUUCUCCCAGUCAUAAUAUCUCAGUCAUUAAUCUACAAGAAGAAAUCUCCCGUUUGGAACAAGCUGAGAUAGACCUUGCUAUGCGAUAUGGGAUGAUGGGUAAUCCUAUCGAUUCUGUGGGCGUUCUUGGAGAGGCAAAAAGACGGGCACUUUCCGAUAAGAACAACGAGUCUUUACUAUCAGAGUUGCAACAGCUUGACAGACUCCUACAUCUCCGGCUGAAAUGCAAUUAG